AUUGAAGACCAGAAAUAUCUUGAACUAACCAAAAACUGUACAGAAUUCAAAACUAGUCGAAAUUUUAUUUUGAAGCCGUUGAGCGAAGAAUCUAGAAACUUUCCAAUCGCUUUCAAUUUCAUAGUUCACAAAUCAGCUUACCAGAUAGAACUUCUUCUUCGAUCGUUGUACCGGCCUCAAAAUGUUUUUUGUAUACACGUGGAUAGCAAGUCAUCUGAAGUAUUUAAGAAAGCGAUCCAAUCAAUUGCUGGUUGUUUUGAUAAUGUGUAUAUGGCAUCUAAAUUCGAGUCCAUAAACUGGGCUGGUUUCAGUCGCUUACAAGCCGACAUAACCUGCAUGGAGGAUCAUUUGAGUCGUAAUUCAACUUGGAAAUAUUUGAUCAACACGGCUGGGCAGGCAUUCCCAAUAAAAACAGUUGAAGAAAUGGUGCGGAUACUAACGAUAUAUAAUGGCUCCAAUGAUAUUGAAGGAUUGUACGGUAAGAGAUUAUUGAAAAAUCGUUUCGAGAACGAAUGGAUCGAAGAUGUAGCAGCUCAUACAGUACGAAAAACUAACAAAUUAAACCCGAAACCUCCUCACAACAUCGAUAUCGUCAGAGGAUCGGCCUACGGAAUUUUCAGCAAAAAGUUUGUAGAAUUCAUCAUCAAGGACGAAAGAGCCAAAGCCCUGUUGAAGUGGUCUGAAAAAACAUGGAGUCCUGAUGAGUUCUAUUGGUCGACACUGCACCACACUUACAGCAACCCUCACCUUCAUACGCCUGGUGGAUUCUCAGGUAAACGUUUUGUGUGCUUUCUCCUUACCAUUUACAGUUGGGUUAAAUAUGAAUGGUUGGCCGUCUAUGCGAAUUGGGGCGAGAAUUCCUGCAGUGGGAAGUUUGUGCGGUCCAUCUGCGUGUUCGGAGUGGAUGACGUCAUCAACCUGAUCGACAGACGAGAAUUCUUCGUGAACAAGUUCUAUCACGACUAUCAGCCGCUUGCAUUGAGCUGUAUAUCAGCUUGGAUCCACUCCAAGGAAAUG